UUGGUCACUUGCUUUCUCUCUCUCGCUCUCCGUGUCGCUCCUCCGUCUUCCGCCGUCGGGGAUCGCCUCGGUCCGGAGUAUCGUCUUCGUCCUCUCCUGCCGAUUUCGUUCGGAUCGCUGCACCGCGUCGUCUCGCAUCGCGUUCGGCGAAGUGUGCUAUCGAUCUCUGAAUUGGUUGAAAGCGAAUAUGGAGUUUGAUCUCAAUGUGGUCUCAGCUGGCGAGUCCCAUGCGCCGCUGCCUAAUGUCUCUGAAUCCUCGAGCAACGCGUCGUCGGCCUGCGACGAGGACUCCCACUCUGCCAACGGUUUCGACGUCCUCGUGGGUCGCCUAAAACAGCCGAUAAGUGAUGUUGACGAUGACGAGGACGACAAUGAGGUGGUGGAGGUCGGUGGUUUGUCUCUGGAGACGAGCAAGGUGACUCGGCAGCUUUUCCCCCUAUCGUCGCCGCUGCACCCUCACGAACCCGCAAACCCUUUUGGCUUCGGUAACGAUAAGGAGAAGGUGGGGUCCGCAGCCAUGCCGGAGUUGGAGAGGAACUCAUUGCUACAGAGGCAGCAACAACUGGCGAAGAAGAGCAGACGAGGACCGAGGUCCCGUAGUUCGCAGUACCGCGGAGUUACUUUCUACAGGAGGACUGGGAGAUGGGAAUCCCACAUAUGGGAUUGCAGCAAACAAGUCUAUUUGGGAGGUUUCGAUACUGCUCAUGCUGCAGCAAGAGCAUAUGAUCGCGCAGCAAUCAAGUUCCGGGGGCUUGACGCUGACAUCAAUUUUAAUCUCAGUGAUUAUGAUGAGGAUUUGAAGCAGAUGAGAAACCUUUCCAAGGAAGAGUUUGUUCAUAUUCUUCGUCGGCAAAGCACUGGAUUUGCAAGAGGAAGCUCCAAGUACAGAGGGGUGACACUUCACAAAUGUGGCCGUUGGGAGGCUCGCAUGGGGCAGUUCCUUGGCAAAAAGUAUAUUUAUCUAGGCUUAUUUGAUAGUGAAGUUGAAGCUGCAAGAGCAUAUGACAAGGCUGCUAUCAGAUGCAAUGGAAGAGAAGCUAUCACGAAUUUUGAGCCAAGCCUUUAUGAAGAGAAGUUACUCCCUGAGACUGAGAAUGAAGAUGUAUCUGAUGAUGUUGAUUUACGCUUGAGAAUUUCUCAACCUAAUAUCCAUAGCCCAAAGAGGUGCAGCAACACUAGUACUAAUGUCAGUUGUGGCUCAAUGGAAGCUGCAAAUGCUCAGACUAAAAGCCCCAGUCAUCCUGUUACUCAUCCUCGUUUGGAUAUGGCAUCUCAGCAUCCUCGUUCUUUAAAUUAUAACCUGGGCUUCUCUCCUUCCUGUGAGAAAAGGACUCCCCAGAGACCACCCACGUUAGGGUCCCAAAUUCUCCCAGACAGGACAUGGCAUAUGCGCGGUCCGACUGCAUUGCCAUUGGGCUCUUCUGCAGCAUCAUCAGGAUUCUCUACAGCCACCGUCGCGGCGGUCUAUCCUUCUCCGCCUGCACUACCACCUCCAAACUCCGGUCGAUUCCAUUUCCUUCCAUCAGCGACCACUAGCUACUACUACAGAAACUAAUUACACUUUGGAUGACCGUCUGCGAGCUUUGAAAGUGUGUACUUGUUGCAGUAACGUUUAAGUUGUAUGAUAUUGCACUGUAGCAGCUGGUAGGUCAAGGAAAGAGAGUUAAAUGCCGAGUAGGGCUAUGCAUUCGAUGUACUAAGAUCGUAUGUAGGCUGUGAACCUGUUAUGCCUAUCCCGCUAUCCCGCUAUUUGUGUUGUUUACCAGUGUAGCUGUUCCUGCAGCUUAAAACAUGUAGUUUUUUAAAAGCUGCCCCCUUUUCGUUCAUUGGUCCGUUCCUUUGGUUCUGUGCUCGUUAACUCAUGGCAGAUUGAGGCUCCAGUAACCUCGGGCCUGAGGAAAAGACUUGCUAUGGUUGUAGUGAAUUUACCACCUGCUCCUGCUUUGCUGGUGCUGCUGUUGGUGCUGCUGCUUUCCCUUUCCUAGGAGAUCUGUGCUAGCUUUGGAAGUUGUAAGUGGCUGGCUGUGACCUCUGAAGAUUUUCCAUUGAUCUGAAAGUAAUCUUUUCUUUCUUUUAAUUAAAUGCGGUAAUGGCUCUUUUUGUCCUGUACAACAAAUGAGGGCUCCUCCGUUAGUUGCCUAACAAUUAACUGUGAAAUACGAUGGUGAAAGAUGAA